ACCGUCGGAUGCAUUGAGCUAUGGGUCUAAUGUCGUAAACAAGAUUUUCACGGACAGAUUUGUCAAGAGAGCCACUGUUUUUGGUCUAGCUAAUGUUUGCAAAACAACAAAAUGCAAACGCUCCGGGAGGAAAAGGGUCCUCCUCUUCCUCUGUCGUCUAUGCGUCUUUUUAUUCCUCCACUGCGCCUGGUGUGUGCAGCUCUGUGGCAGGUUGUAGAGCGGAGAGACAUCAUGGACUAUGGGCUGCUGGAGGAGUUUGCCACCAGCGUGUUGGAAAUAGUCCCUGAACUGAUGACUUACAGAGAGAGGGUCCAACUCCUCAUGGGACUGAGAGCACGGCUGGUUCUGGAGUUGUGUCGCUGUGAUGAUGAGCUGUGUCGCCCUGAUACUGUCCAGCCACACCUGAACAGGAUAAGGAGCUGUGUCUCCAAUCAGAAAGGAGAGGUUUCAGAUCCAAAGGUGGAAGCAUCAGAGGCCAGCUUCAUGAAGCUGAUUGAAACCCUACUGGAGCAGCCAGAGGAGAGGGAACUCUUCUUUCAGAAUGUUUUUCCAGAGGAGUAUGGCCCCAAGUAUGACUCAACACUGCAGAUUCUUGUGUGGGAGUUCCUGUCCAGGCUGGAGAAACUGAUUCCUGCUCCAAACCUUAAGCAGACUGCAUCUUGGCUCAGCCUUGCCCCUGCUCUCUUAGAGGAGUGUGUGCAGUCUGUGGCUCACCCUGAGCCAUUACAGGCACUCCUCCAUCACCAUAAAAAUGGACAUCACUUAGACACCAAUGCUCUAAGAUCCACUGGUGGUGACUACAUCCUCUCUUCACUGUCUUUCCCUUCCUCUGUGAAGGAAGAAAUUGCCUCUUGCCAAGCAGGCCCAGAGAGACAGUCCUAUCCCACCAUAAAGGGAUAUCAAACCCCUUUCCCAUCUGAUGAACCAGAGAUGAGCUGGGACUGCAGAAUGGCAGAUCGUAAGGUCUGGACUGUAAAGCCACCAGCCCGUUCUGCUUCUGUGGAGGUCGAAGUCAAGACUAUAGAGGACGCCACUGAGAUAACCGUUAAACGAAAGACAAUCAACAAAGAGUUGAUCAAAGAAACCAGGAGAGAUAAAGCUGUUCUCUGCCCUCAGACUCGCAGUGGGCUGAAAACCAGCCGCUUGACUGCUUCCUGUCUGCGCCGUCAUCCCGUACUGCGGUUGAACAGGCUUGACAUUCGCAAUAUGCCGUUACCCAAGUCCUUGCUAACACUGAUUCUAAGGAGAGGGAGACUGCAGGCUGAGACAAGACGCCCAGGACCGAAAGGAAUUGACAGAAAAAAGAAACGGAGAAGAGGUCGUGGUAUUACAAAUGAGAAGAUUAAAUCACACACACUUGAUAUAAGCGAUAUGCCGCUACCCAAGUCCCCGCUAACACUGACCCUAAAGAGAGGGGUACUGCUGGAUGAUCCGACGAGUUCCCAAGUACAGAAAAAAAGAGGUGGAAAAGGAGGAGAGAAAACAGGACCUGGUAUCACAAGAUUAAAGAUUGAGAAGAUUGGAGCACACACGCUUGACAUAAGCGAUGUGCCAUUACCCAAGCCCUCUCUAAAACUGGUUAUAAGGAGAGGGAAACUGCAGGCUGAAGCAACAGGUUCUCAAGGGAAAAAAACAAGGGGCAGAAAGAAAAAAUGGAGAAGACGAUGUGGUGUCAAAAAUGAGGGUGUGAAAAGAGAGCAGUCACCUGAAACUGAGGAAGAAGCUGAACCAUCAGAUUAUGAACUUUGGACCAGCGUUAAUAAAGGGGUCCCGCUCAAUGAAAGGGCCCCUGUCGAUGAAUCUGGUGGAGUCCAUGCUUCUCAUUUCCCAUCAUCUCAUAAGAGGGAGGAGGAACAGCCCAUACAGACCUUUCACACAGAGGAGCACAGUGGUCAUAUGGCCGAAGGGCAGAACAGAGUAGAAGUCUCAGAGAUGGUACCUCAGGACUCACUAACUCCUGAGCCAUCCAACACCUCUCACAAAAUUAAUUCAGAGGAGCACAGUGGUCAGAUGGCCAAAGGGCAGAACAGGGAAGAACCCUCAGAGGUGGUACCUCAGGACUCAUUAACUCCUGAGCCAUCCAACACCGCUCACAGAAUUCCUUCAGAGGAGCACAGUGGUCAUAUGGCCGAAGGGCAGAACAGAGUAGAAGUCUCAGAGAUGGUACCUCAGGACUCACUAACUCCUGAGCCAUCCAACACCGCUCACAGAAUUCAUUCAGAGGAGCACAGUGGUCAGAUGGCCGAAGGGCAGAACAGGGAAGAACUCUCAGAGAUUGUUCCUCAGGACUCACUAACUCCUGAGCCAUCCAACACCUCUCACAAAAUUAAUUCAGAGGAGCACAGUGGUCAGAUGGCCAAAGGGCAGAACAGGGAAGAACCCUCAGAGGUGGUACCUCAGGACUCAUUAACUCCUGAGCCAUCCAACACCUCUCACAGAAUGAAUUCAGAGGAGCACAGUGGUCAGAUGGCCAAAGGGCAGAACAGGGAAGAUCCCUCAGAGGUGGUACCUCAAGACUCACUAACUCCUGAGCCAUCCAACACCUCUCACAAAAUUCAAUCAGAGGAGCACAGUGGUCAGAUGGCCAAAGGGCAGAACAGGGAAGAACCCUCUGAGAUUGUACCUCAGGACUCACCAAGUCCUGAGCCAUCCAACACCUCUCACAAAAUUCAUUCAGAGGAGCACAGUGGUCAUAUGUUCGAAGGGCAGAACAGAGACGAACUGCCAGAGAUGAUUCCUCAGGACUUAAGAACUCCUGAGCCAUUCAACACCUCUCACAAAGUUCACCCCGAGGAGCACAGUGGUCGUAUGUUCGAAGAGCAGAACAGAGACGAACUUCCAGAGAUGCUACCUCAGGACUUACUAACUCCUGAGCCAUCCAACACCGCUCACACAAUUCAUUCUGAGGAGUACAGUGGUCAGAUGGCUGAAGGGCAGAAGAGAGAACUCCCAGAGGUGGUACCUCAGGACUCACUAACUCCUGAGCCAUCCAACACCUCUCACAAAAUUCAUUCCGAUGAGCACAGUGGUCAGAUGGCUGAAGGGCAGAAGAGAGAAGAAGUCUCUGAGAUUGUACCUCAGGACUCAUUAAGUCCGGAACCAUUCAACACCUCUCACAAAAGCUUUCACCUACAGGAGCACAGUGGUCAUAUGACCGAAGGGCAGAACGUAGAAAAACCUUUAGAGAGUGUACCUAAGGACUUACUAACUGAGAUUGUACUUCAGCACUCGUUAACUCCUGAGCCAUCCAACAGCUCGCACAAAAGAAGCCAGCGCGUCAAGGCAUGCUCUUUCUGUGGCAAGACUUUCACUGACACACUGGGCUUGACAAGACACAUGCGAUCUCACAUUGAGCAGAGGUCACACCAAUGCACCCAAUGUGGGCAAGACUAUGAUUCCAGUGAGGACUUAGAGGAACACCAGAAGAGAAGCUGUGAGGAGAAGAUAAAAAAAGACAUUGGUGAGGACAAUGGUGGGGAAACUGUCCAGCAAAAAACGCAUCUGAAAAGAGACAAAAAACCUGAUCUGAAAGCAGACAAAAAACCUGAUAAAAAACCUGAUCUGAAAGGACACACAAAAAAUCGCUCCAUAAUGUGCCAUGUGUGCGGGAAAGUAACUACUCGUAUGUUGGGUUUGCGAAGACACCUUCUACUUCACUUCAACAAUGGAGCAUACAAAUGCCCUGUGUGUCCAACGACUUUUAUAACAAAUGCUGAUUUGAGAUCGCACCUGAGAUUGAAAAGAUCUUGUAGGGAAAAAUGUUCUGAUGAAGUAAUUAAUACCAAGGUCCAUCUCCAAUCCAACCCUGGUGAGUACAAGUGUCCUUACUGUGGGGACACUUUCCAGCUACCACAUGAUCUGAAAGGACACACAAAAGACUGUUCCAGAAAGUGCCAUGUGUGUGGGAAAACCACUUUGAAGCCAUGCGGCAUGCGAAGGCACAUGUUAAAACACAACAACAAUGGCCCCUACAAGUGCCCGGUGUGUCCAAGGACUUUUAUAUCCCGUACUGAUUUGAAGAUGCACCUGAAAAAAAAUAAGCAAUGUAGGGAGAAAUGUUCUGAUGUCAUGGUGAAGGAAUUACUGUCAUCAGUAGAUGGUAGAUGUGGGAAAAAUGAAACAGGAGUCAUGACAAGCUGCCAACAACCAAGCUCCAGCAACACAGGUGGGCCUUCAAAGAAUAUUGAACAGUUCUUUGAACAGUUCUCUUAUGACUUUCAGCAAUCCAAUAACAGCGCGAGUAGUGAUGUGAAGCUGAAUAGCCUCAAUGAAAACUACAGUAAAUACCAACCCAUGAAGGAUGUUGACUUGAAUAGCCUCCAUGAAGCCUCCAUGGUGACCACUGAAGACUACAGUGAUGAGAUCAGUCAAUGCCAACCCAUGAAGGACAAAAAGUCUGUGGAUGAUUCAUUGGAAAAUGAGAUGCCCAAUGACAAAGAACCAAACUCAACCAUUGGCUUAACAGGGAAGCAGGUGUCCCAGACUGACCCAAAGCCUCUCCAGGAUUCUCAACCAGAGAUAAGCGGAGAAGUGAAGAACGAGAUACAGAGCGGGAAACUGCAGGCUGAGGCCACGGGUUCCCACGGACAGAAAAGAAGAGGCAGAAAGAGAAAACAGAAAAGAGGACGUGGUGUCAAAAAUGAGAAGAGCGAAGCAAAGGGUGUGAAAAGAGAGCGGUCACCUGAAACUGAGGAAGAUGCCGAACCAUCAGAUAAUAAACUUUGGACCACUGUCAUUAAAAGGACCACUGUCUGUGAUUCUGGUGGUGUCUCAGAGAGUGUACCUCAGGACUCACUAACUCCUGAGCCAUCCUCUCACAAAAGAAGUCAACGAGUCAAAGCAUGCUCUUUCUGUCGCAAGACUUUCACUGAAACACUGGGCUUGACAAGACACAUGCGAUCUCACAUUGAACAGAGGUCACACCAAUGCACCCUGUGUGGGCAAGACUUUGAAUUCAGUGAGGACUUAGAGGAACACCAGAAGAGUAGCUGUGAGGAGAAGAAGAGUGGUGAUGACUACCAUGGGGGAACUAUCCAGCAAAAAAAAUAUCUGAAAAAAAACCCUGAUCUGAAAAGAGACAAAAAGCCAGAUCUGAAAGGAGACAAGAAAACUCAUCUGAAUAGAGCCAAAAAAAAUAAUCCGAAAAGAGACAAGAAAUCUGAUCUGAAAGGACACACAAAAGACUGUUCCAUAAUGUGCCAUGUGUGCGGGAAAGUAACUACUCGUAUUGUAAGUUUGCAAAGGCACCUACUACUUCACUUCAACAAUGGCGCAUACAAGUGCCCUGUGUGUCCAAAGACUUUUAUCUUAAAUUGUGAUUUGAGAUCACACCUGAGAUUGAAAAGAUGUUCUGAUAAAGUAAUUACAACCAGGCUCCACCUCAAAUCCAACCCUGGGGAUUACAAGUGUCCUUACUGUGGGGACACUUUCCAGCUACCACGUGAUCUGAAAGGACACACAAAAGACUGUUCCAGAAAGUGCCAUGUGUGUGGGAAAAUAAGUUCUCGAAAGCUGGAAAUGCGAAGGCACAUGUUAAAACACAACAACAAUGGCCCCAUCAAGUGCCCGGUGUGUCCAAUGACUUUUGUAUACCAUACUGAUUUGAAGAAGCACCUGAAAACAAAGAAACUAUGUAGGGAGAAAUGUUCUGAUGUCAAGGUGAAGAACAAUGCUGAUUUGAAAUUGCCCCGAAGAUUGAAAAGGUCUUAUAGGAAGACAUUUUCUGAUGAUGUAAUUACAACCAAGAUCCACCUCAAAUCCAACCCUGGAGAUUACAAGUGUCCUUACUGUGGGGACACUUUCCAGCUACCACGUGAUCUGAAAGGACACACAAAAGACUGUUCCAGAAAGUGCAAUGUGUGUGGGAAAACAACUUCAACGGCACGCGGCAUGCGAAGGCACAUGUUAAGACACAACAACAAUGGCCCCUACAAGUGCCCGGUGUGUCCAAUGACUUUUAUAUACCAUCCUGAUUUGAAGAAGCACCUGAAACUGAAAAAACGUUGUAGAGCGAAAUGUUCUGAUGUGAUGAUGAAAGAAAUACUGUCUUCAGGAGGCGGUAGAUGUUGGAAAAUGUUGAAAGAAACAGCAGUCAUGACAAACAGCCAACAACCAAGCUCCAGCAACACAGGUGGGCCUUCGAAGAGAAUUGAAGAGCUCUCUCAUGACUCGCAGCAAUCCGAUAACGGCAUGAGUAGUGAUAUGAACCUUAAUAGCCUUGAAGAAGACCACAGUGACAAGAUCAGUCAAUACCAACCCAUUAAGGACGUUGACUUAAGUAGCCUCCAUGAAGACUUCAGUGAUGAGAUCAGUCAAUACCAACCCAUUAAGGACGUUGACCAAUCCAACCCUGGUGAGUACAAUUGUCCUUACUGUUGGGACACUUUCCAGCUCCCAGAUGAUCUGAAAAGCCACACAAAAGACUGUUCCAGAAAGUGCCAUGUGUGUGGGAAAAUAUCCUCAAAGGCAUGUGACAUGCGAAGGCACAUGUUAAAACAUGACAACAAUGGCCCCAUCAAGUGCCCGGUGUGUCCAAAGACGUUUAUAUUCCAUACCGAUUUGAAAACACACCUGAAAACAAAAAAACUUUGUAGGGAGAAAUGUUCUGAUGUGAUGGCGAAGGAAUUACUGUCUUCAGUAGAUGGUAGAUGUAGGAAAAAUGUUAAUGAAACAGGAGUCAUGACAAGUUGCGAUCAACCAAGCUCCAGCAACACAGGUGGGCCUUCGAAGGGCGGGCCUGUGUUGGGUUUGAAGAGCUUUGAAGAGUUCUUUGAAGAGCUCUCUAAUGACUCCGAUAUCAGUAUGAAUAGUGACGUGAACCUGAAUAGCCUCGAUGAAGACUACAGUCAGGAGAUCAGUCAAUACCAACCCAUUAAGGAUGUUGACCUGAAUAGCCUCGAUGAAGACUACAGUCAGGAGAUCAGUCAAUACCAACCCAUUAAGGAUGUUGACCUGAAUAGCCUCUAUGAAGACUACAGUCAGGAGAUCAGUCAAUACCAACCUAUUAAGGAUGUUGAGCAAUCCAACCCUGGUGAGUACAAUUGUCCUUACUGUAGGAAGACUUUCCAGCUCCGACAUGAUCUGAAAGAACACAAAAAAGACUGUUCCAGGAAGUGCCAUGUGUGUGGGAAAUCAACUUCGACGGCAUGCGGCAUGCGAAGGCACAUGUUAAAACACUACAAUGGCCACAUCAAGUGCCCGGUGUGUCCAGCGACUUUUGUAUACCAUACUGAUUUGAAGAAGCACCUGAAAACAAAGAAACUAUGUAGGGAGAAAUGUUCUGGGGUGAUGGCAAAGGAAUUACUGUCUUCAGUAGAUGACAGAUGUAAGAAAAAUGUUAAUGAAACAGAAGUCAUGGCAAGUUGCGAACAACCAAGCUCCAGCGACACAGGCGGGCCUUCAAAUAGCAUUGAAGAGUUUUCACAUGAUUUGCAGCAAUCCAAUAACAGUAUGAGUAGUGAUGUGAACCUGAAUAGCCUCCAUGAAGACAACAGUCAGGAGAUCAGUCAAUGCCAAGCCAUUAAGGACGUUGACCAAUCCAACCCUGGUGAGUACAAGUGUCUUUACUGUGGGGACAUUUUCCAGCUCCCAGAUGAUCUGAAAGGACACACAAAAGACUGUUCCAAAAAGUGCCAUGUGUGUGGGAAAAUAUCCUCAAAGGCAUGUGACAUGCGAAGGCACAUGUUAAAACACUUCAACAAUGGCCCCAUCAAGUGCCUGGUGUGUCCAAAGACAUUUAUAUUUCAUACUGAUUUGAAAACACACCUGAAAACGAAAAAACUUUGUAGGGAAAAAUGUUCUGAUGUGAUGGCGAAGGAAUUACUGUCUUCGGUAGAUGGUAGAUGUAAGAAAAAUGUGAAUGAAACAGGAAUCAUGACAAGGCUCCAACAACCAAGCUCCAGCAACAUAGGCGGGCCUUCAAAGAGCGGGCCUGUGUUGGGUUUGAAGAGCUUUGAAGAGUUCUUUGAAGAGCUCUCUAAUGACUCUGAUAUCAGCAUGAGUAGUGAUGUAAAUCUGAAUAGCCUCCAUGAAAACUACAGUCAGGAGAUCAGUCAAUACCAACCCAUGAAGGAUGUUGACUUGAGUAUCCUCCAUGAAGACUACAGUCAGGAGAUCAGUCAAUACCACCCUAUGAAGGAUACUGACCCGAAUAGCCUACAUGAAGACUUCAGUCAGGAGAUCGGUCACUACCAACCCAUGAAGGAUGUUGACUUGAAUAGCCUCCAUGAAGUCUAUAGUGAUGAUAUCAGUCAAUACCAACCUAUUAAGGACAUUGACCCACAGGGGGACAGAAGGUCUGUAAAUGAUUCAGGGGUAAAUGAGAUGCUCAAUGACAAAGAACCAAACUCAACCAACAUCCCAGGGCCUCUCCAGGACUCAAUCUGAGCCAAACAGAGAAGCUAAGAACGAGAUACAGGUGAUACCGGUGUCAACAAUACAUACAACAAAACUAAAAGCCCUGCAAUUUAAGGUUAUAAGAAAAUGAUGAACAGCAACAACUUCCUUAUAUGUAUUUGUUUUUUUUGUAGCUAUUGUUAUGGAUUAGGUUAGGUAUUUAGAGAUGAUAGAGAGAUUCCCACUAGUAAUUACCAGUUGGAGGGGCAUUCAAGUGGAUCUUUCCCAGUCGUAUGUAGGGAUUUGCGAGAUGUUAUGAACGCAGCAUAACCGGAGUGAAAAGUCAGUUGUCUCUUAGGUGGCGGAGUCUCUCGAUAGUUUUGAGGUAUCCCCGGUUUGUGAAGCUACUCAUGUUCAUAAGAGUGCUGAUGGCAAACCAGAUGGGGAGAAGGAUGAGUUAUGUGGGGACAUAGAGGAAACAUUCUUUGCCAAACUAGACGGUGGUUUCCAGGUAAUGGUUCAUCAUAGUGAGAAAGUUUAUUCUUGUGUGUAUCUCGGGUUAGAACUUCUGGGCAGAGAUAUACAGUGCCGUGAAAAAGUAUUUGUCCGCUUUCUAAUGUUCUCUGCUUUUGCAUUAUUGUUAUACUGAAUUAUCAGAUCCUCACCCAAAAUAUAAUAUUAGAUAAAGGGAACCUGAGUGAACAAAUAACACAAUUACAUACUUAUUUCAUUAACAAAGUUAUGCAACACCCAUUUCCCCUGUGUGAAAAAGUAAUUUCCCCCCUUACACUCAAUAACAGUCUAUGCCACCUUUAGCUGCAAUGACUCCAACCAAACGCUUCCUGUAGUUGUUGAUCAGUCUCAUGUGGCUGCGGAGGAGUUUUUGCCCACUCUUCCAUGCAGAACUGCUGUAACUCAGCGACAUUUUGGGGUUUUCAAGCAUGAAUUGCUCGUUUCAGGUCCUGCCACAACAUUUCAAUUGGGAUUAGGUCGGGACUUAACUAGGCUUGACUAGGCUAUUCCAAAACUUUAAAUGUGUUGCUUUUUUAGCCAUUUUUAUGUCGAUUGUGUGUUUUGGAUCAUUGUCUUGCUCCAUCACCCAGCUGCGCUUCAGCUUCAGCUCAUAGACGAAUGGCCUGACAUUCUCCUGAAGAAUUCUAUGAUAUAGAGCAGAAUUCUUGGUUCCUUCUAUUAAGGGAAGUUGUCAAGGUCCUGAGGCAGCAAAGCAUCCCCAAACCAUCACACUACGACCACCAUGCUUGUCUGUUCGUGUGAGGUUCUUACUGUGGGAAUGCAGUGUUUUGGUUUAUGCCAGGCAUAAUGGGACCCAUGCCAUCCAAAAAGUUAUAAUUUUAAAUGUUCUGUCGAUAGAACAUUCUUCCAAGAGUUGAUGAUCAUCAAGGUGCUUUUUGACAAACUUGAGUGAACUUUUGGACGACAUGGAUCCCAUAAUGCCUGGUGAUAACCAAACACUGCAUUCCAAAGUAAGAACCUCAAACCCAACGGUCAAGCAUGGUGCAGCAAGACAAUGAUCCAAAACACACUAUCAAGUCUACAUGAAAAUGUCUAAAAAGCAACAUAUUUGAAGUUUUGAAAUGGUCUAGUCAAAGUCCAAACCUAAUCCCAAUUGCGAUGUUGUGGCAGGACUUGAAACGAGCAGUUCAUUCUUGAAAACCCACAAAUGUUGCUAAGUUAA